ACAGACUGUUUUGCUGCAGUGAGCGGCAGCCCUGGAUUGAGAGACAUCGCUGAGGAAUAUACAUCUCGCACCAAAGAGGAAAUAAAAGUCCCGAAAAGCGGAUCGGAGAUUCUACUGCGCUGUUUUUUUUCCGAGGGGACGUUACUGGGAGUCUCACUGGAAUCAGCUCUCCGGAGGCGAAAUAUCACGGCCACUGUCCGGAGCUCCUCCGCCUUCCUGAGGAUUCAGACCUGCGCGCCCAACCAUGGCCUUCCCAUCAGCCCCCUCAGCAUUAUGGAUCGUCGGCUUAUUGACAGUUCUGCUCGGAGCGGCGGUUCACAGCAACGUUGUCUACUACGACGACCCCCUGCAGCCCACCACCAAAGACGAGACGGUGGCGGUGGGCGGCACGGUGACGCUGACCUGCCAGGUGGCGGAGACCGACAACUCCUCGCUGCAGUGGUCUAACACGGCGCAGCAGACUCUGUAUUUCGGGGAGAAGCGAGCUCUGAGAGACAACCGGAUCCAGCUGCACCGCUCCACUCCCACCGAGCUCUCCAUCACCAUCGCCGAGGUGCAGCUCUCCGACGAGGGCGAGUACACCUGCUCCAUCUUCACCAUGCCUGUGCGCAUGGCCCGCGCCACCGUCACUGUUCUGGGAGUUCCCAGCAAACCUCAGAUCUCCGGCUUUGAGGACCCGGUGCGGGAGGGUGAGACAGUCACCCUGACCUGCACCAGCACUGGCAGCAAACCCCCUGCUAGCCUGCGCUGGUACCGCGGAGACGUGGAGCUGGAAGGAGGUCCGGAUGUGGUGGAGUCGGUCCCCGACAGCCCCACCUACAACGUGAGCAGCGAACUGACCCUGAAAUUGAGCCGCGACGACAACGACGCUCUCAUCACCUGCGCCGUCAACCACGACUCGCUGAAACCCCAGGACAAGAGGACCGACCAGGCCCUGCGUGUGCUGUAUUCUCCAAACGCUGAGAUCAAACCGGAGAGCGACCUGCCCAGAGAGGGAGAGAAGUUCUACCUGCGCUGCUCAGGAAACAGCAACCCAGAACCCUCCACCUAUAUCUGGCAGAAGAAGGAUGGAGAGCUCCCCCCUCUGGCCAAAAUCGAUGACGCCUACUUGCGCUUCGAGAUGCUCAACAAAUCGGACAACGGCGUUUACUUGUGUCAUGCCGACAACGGUAUCGGCGACAGCAUGGCGGAGUACACACUGCUGGUUCAAGAUCCUGCUGACCCAGACUCACUCCUCGCGUCCCCCCCGACCUCUACCUCCACCCCCACUCCUGACGUCUCUGACUCGUCCCCUUCCCCGGCCUCCUCCUCGGACGCUCCCGCCACCACCACGCUCUCCAACGAGCUCUUCCCCGACUUGUCAUUUGCACCUGACUCCUCCGCCACCUCUUCCCCGACUCCCCCACCCUUGACUGCAAGCGUUGGCACCGCCCACCCUGCCUCGUCUUUUGCUCCCUCAAUUGCCGCCACCUCAUUUGCGCCCUCACGCCCCGCCUCCACUCUGACUCCCUCAGUAACCGUCGGGCUGAACGGAGUUCACACUGUCACAGACGCUGCAGACAACAAUGCAGAUCCCACGGCGAUGUCGACAGGUUCCGGGGUGGACCACGCCGUGAUCGGAGGCGUGGUGGCCGUGAUCGUCUUCAUCCUGCUCUGCCUCCUCAUCGUCCUGGGCAGAUAUCUCAUCAGACACAAAGGAACAUACCUGACCCACGAGGCAAAGGGCUCGGACGACGCCCCUGACGCAGACACAGCCAUCAUCAACGCAGAGGGAGGCCAGUCCGGCUCAGAGGACAAGAAGGAGUACUUCAUCUAGACAGGACAAGACGUGGAGGAAGAUGACGAGGAGGAGGAGGAGGAGGAGUGGAAGUAAAAGGGGGGGUGUGCGGAUUAAAAAACUUCCAUUUGUUUUCACGGCACUUCAGUUCUUCACCGGGAGGGAUCGGGAGGGGAAGAACUGCGAUUCAAAGUCGACGUCCUGCUCUGGCAUUGGUACGGGGAAGUGAGAUUUUGCACUGACGUAUGGACGAACUGAACCACACACACCACACCCGGCGGGGCGGUAAAUAAAAGUCCUCCCACGCCGACUUUCGGAUUAACAAGCCUCCUACUAACCUUUUGGUUUCUGAAUGACACACUAACACACUUUAAAAACUAUCGGCGCCUUGGCAAAAUUGUAACUCACAUUCCAACAUCCUCCGCUGAUAUUUCAUGUCAUCUUUUUCCCAGAAUCCCUCUGAUAUUGACACGACAUCUAACCCGGCGACAUCCAACGCUCGUUCCACAAGCUCACCCUGAAAUAGCCACCUACUGAGGGUCUCCACUAUACAUAUAUAAAUAUCUAUAAAUAUAUAUAUAGAAUUAUAUAGCAUUCUUUUUACUUGCCAGAAGUGUUUGGUGUGCUGUAAAUACACUGUCGACAUCUCCCUCCUCUCUCUAUCUCACACAGUCCAUCAGUCGCUGCGACACGGUGACUUAUAUAGUCGUUCAAAAUAGCCUGCCUGUUUUUCUUACGUGUGGAUAUGCAGCGUUUCAAUAUUAAAUAUCUGGGACAAAAAAAUACUAAUAAUUGUAACAUCAACGGCGAUGAAACUUAACUAACUGCAAAUAUUUGUACGAGAAAAUUUGUUUAUUUUGGUUCCAAGGAUUUAUGAGCGAUUUGUUGUCAUCUGUGUACGAGGUGACGUCCGCACGGCUACGGUUUUGUCAGUACUCAAGACUGUAUUGGGUUUGUUUUUUGGCCACAGAGCGUCCCGAAGCCACCGACAAGAAGCCACCGGGCGGCGACCGCUUGUCCCUUUUAAAAAGACUUCCUGUGUAUGCCAUACACAAUACUCCAAAGGUAGCCGACUAGAGACGUCCCUGGGCGGCUUUCCCAUGCAGUGGCCCAGAUUGGAGCCAAGGCCUUGAACGAUGGCCUCAAGAAUACUGAUCGACUCUACACCUCACUUCCCUCCAGACCCCCCAAAUUAUCGCCAUCGGUGGCUCAACAGGCUGCAACUGUGGCUACAAGCAGGUCCUACCGUGUUUCCCCUCCGAAGCUAGGCAGCCUCCCGUUGCUUUGCCUGUGACCCGUCACUCGCCAUCCUGCCUCAUACCCACUGUAGUUUCUGAAUAUCCAGGUCUUCCACUACCAUCCAAGUCGGAAGCUAAUGCAAAAACAACACCAAACUACCUAAAAUAUCGCUAUCAGUGGCGGUUCAUCUCAUGUCAGGUACGAAUACUCGCCCUGCUCUAGGAGCCUAUACACCCAUUUGUGGUCAACAUAAUCGAAAAAAAUGCGCACGCAUUUCGGCAACAGCAAUGCCUUUUAAAACUAACCACAAUUUCAUUGCUAAAUAUAUCUGGCUGUUGCAUGGUUGGUUCCAGAACCGGUGUUCUGGUAACCAUAAUGUUCCAAUUCCAACUGUACGUUAUACAGGGCUUACUUUUUGUCAUCACAUUUUUUUGUAGCUAGCAACCUCACGUAGCUUGACAAACGGUACUCUGCCAUACCAUACUGUUGCCAAAAGUGCGCGCAGCCAUCACCACUGUUUACGAACCUGUAACGGCCGAUUGGUAAUCGCAAUACUUUCUUCGACCAUGUCCCCUUCACAUUGCCACCAUGCUAGCCUUUUUUGGCGCCCAGACAGUUGACAAAUCGGCUUUACUCUCUUACGCCUCCACCUCUUGAAUGAAUCACUACUUCCUGCCACUGGGCUCACUCCAUCCCGACUCAUAGUCAAACACAAAUCCCGAAAUCCUGCUCCCAAAAAAGACAUCUAAACUACCAUAGUCAUCGGUGGUGGUUCUAGCUAGCAUGGUCGCCAAUCCUGGCCAAGGAUUCUCUGCCAUCUUUCUCCUCACUGAUCCUUCUGAUGCAAAGUUCAAGGACGACACAAAGGCGUAGUGGUGUGGACGUCAUCCGUGUGUUACCGUCUAUGUUUACAGUCUUGAGGAGCGCGUCUGUUUAGUUUUCUAAAAAUUUGCGUUGAAAUUUGUGAUAAUGUUCACGUGUGCGUUUUUGACACAGACACCGCUUAGUUCCCUUUUCUGGCAGAAAAACUGUAGCAAACCCGGCGGCGUUCGUGGGGUUCUUUGAUUUACCUUCACUGGUCAUCUUUGUUCCAGGUCUCUUUCGCUCCUGUCGGAACUCUUGCUGUGUGUGUUAUCUCUCGCCAGCUUCCCAUUGACGACAGUGUUUUUAUUGAGGUCCAGGGUUGGCACUGUCGCGCUCCAGUGGAAUUGAUUGUAAUCUCACUAAGAGGCAGAACCGGAGCCAAGGUUUUGGUUCUGAGCCCGGGCUCCUCUAACUCUGAAGAAAGUCAUUUAAGAUCUUAAAUGUUACCCUUUUUUUUUUUUCGUCUCCUUUCAUCCGUUUCUUUUCACUCUUUAAUCAAUCAUCCUGUCUGCGUCCCGAUCCACCUUCACCCCGUCCUCGUCUCUCCUUCCCUCCAUCGCUGAUUGAUGGCCGACUCGCUCUCUUUUCAUUCAGUAGACGUACAAUAGAAAUAGUCUCGGUAGGUUUUAUCUUGUGCUGACGGCUCUCUCAGUUUAUAUAUAUUUUUGGAAUCCAUUCGCUGUCGCCCCCAACUGGCACCGUUUGUUUUUGUUUUUUUUUCCUGCAGGGAAUCAGGGACUGCGCUUUAACCCCUGCCACUGUUGAUGACUUGCAAACUAGCUAGUGGCUAACACACUCUGGCUGGUGUGUGUGUAUAAGCUAAAGCAGCGUUACAUUUGUUUUCAGUCACAGAGCUGCUGGUUACAUUUUGGGGUGGAAUGUCGGGGCAAACUGGGCCAAUUGGCAACUGGAUUAAUUUGGCUAGCUCUCCAUUGUGCCCUUAACCAGAACCCCACCCUUUUUCCCCUUAAAAAGAAGCCCCCUAAUGGGUCUGAACUGUAGUCUGGCUUUGCCCUGACAAGUCAGACUCGGCCAACUCACCUCUAGUGUUGAGGCAAUGCCUUGCUUCCUGGUGUUUGUUUGGCUAAUGGUACCUUCCCUGUCUGCCUUGCGCAGAGUCGCCCCAUACUCGACUGAAACACCAGUUCCCCUCCCUGUUUCGGAUGAUUCCUGACCCACCCGGGACACGAAUACUCACUUUAAUUUGGAGCAAGCUACGCCAUGAAACUGGGCUUCGCAGGGACCUGUCGCGCCUCAAAAUGUAACCUUCAAGCGAUUCUGUAAAUAAUUCAGGACCUUGCUUAGACCCAUGUUGGCCUCACCUUCCCCUCCCUCAGUCUGCAGACCAGAGGACGGCUCCCUCUCACCGACCCGUGUUUUACGCCGACAAGUCUCACCUGCCUAAUACUCGGAAAGUGUAGUGUCUUUACAGAAAACUAAUGGACCUGUAUUUGCCUGUAAUGAAUCGUCCUGUCCUCAUCGUCUUAGUUUAUGUGCUAGCAUGUAGCUUGCAUGACUAACGGUUGGUAAUGUAGAUAGCAGCGGAGACGACAAGUGCUUCUCUGGUGGGACACUGAGCGGCGACUGUUCUCUGAUCUGCAAACAUCUGUUGUGCCCCCAUAGGAUCCGAUUAAGUGAGUCUGCUGAGUCCCGUUGAAGUCUCAGGCGAAAGAACCCCUGGCUUAGGAAGACCCUUGCGACGGUUGCCAAGCCCCCACCAGACCCCAAACCCCAGUACUUCCCUGGCAUUUGCUGCUUGGAUCUUGGCUUGGUCUCGCGAUGUAGCGUCCAAAAUCCCAAGGUUGUUCUUCACUUCACUAAAUCCCGCGGGCAUCUAUCAUGCCUGUUUUUUUUGCGCCUCGCUGGCACAUCCCAACCUCUUCAUUACCUUUCCUGGGCCCUCGGACGACCCCAGCCCUGUAGCCCUGCCAACUGGCCGAGGCAAGUCACUGCUUGCGGCAGCAAUUCUCUCCCAUCCAGCAGGACACUCAGCACUUCUGUCUCACCAGGGACUCUUUCUUCCGGGCUUCAGCUGCGUCAUUAUUAGGUUCCUCUGUCUCUGACUGAGAGCUGCCAUGAGGUGGCAGCAUUUCUCAGUCAACGCUUGAACCCCAGCCCCUCCACUCUCCCACCUCUAUUCUGUGCUGCACUCUUCAUCCUGUUUUCCUUUGUGUAGAUUUGAGUUUUGUUUUCACGGCUGUGCAAACGUUCAACUCUUAUUUUGUAAUUAGAAACUCCGAAACUUGAAGGUAGACUUUGUUUUUUUUUUUUUCUUUUUUAAGUAAAAUGUUCUUGUAAAUAGUGUUGCCUUUGCUGGAUUCUCUUACAACUUCUGUGGACACACACCGCGACACAAGUACAUAUACAUUCAUAAUCCGUAUGUGUGUCCGAGCGUGUGACCCCAAAAAACCCGACACUCUGUGUGAAACGUUCAUGAUUUUUUUGAGAACUUUUUUCAACAAGAGUCCAUAUCACGACGAUGCUGUCAUGUAUGUUGAUUUGUGCGAUGGCGGACGAUGAUGAUGAUGUCAUGAGGGUGCGACCUGACCGCAUGCUGUGGAAGGUUCACCCCUGUCGGGUGUUUAAACAGUAUUUUGUUUCUUCUCUUUAUUUUGUUUUGUUAAAAUACCAGUUGAGUUGUUGACUUCAAUAAACAUGCAUUUGGGUUCA